GAGAAUGGGAACAUAACUCGGAGGGGCAAAUUCGUAAGACUGGUAACUAUUCUCGGGAGUUAGAAGAAGUAUCUAACAGUCUCAGAAACAAAACGUUAGUCAUAACGACUAUACUGAACGAGCCUUACAUGAUGAAAGUAGAAGACGAGAACGGAGUCAAAUAUGAAGGCUAUUGUGUGGAUUUAAUUGAUGAAAUAGCUUCUGACCUUAAAUUUCAGUACAGAAUUAAAGAAGUUGAUGAUGGAAGCUACGGAAGAAAGAAUGAUUUAGGAGAGUGGAAUGGCAUGAUACGAGAACUUAUAGACGGAAAGGCGGACAUGGCCGUCGCUGAUUUAACAAUAACAUACGUACGAGAGGAGGCUGUAGAUUUCACAAUGCCAUUCAUGAACUUGGGCAUCUCCAUCUUGUUCAAAAAACCCACCAAAAAGGUGCCGAAACUCUUCUCAUUUUUGUCUCCUCUCUCCGUGGAAGUCUGGUUAUACAUGGCCACGGCGUUCUUGGGCGUGUCCCUCUUUUUAUUUAUAGUGGCUCGAUUCAGUGCAUACGAAUGGGUGAAUCCUCACCCAUGCGAACUAGAACCGGAGGAACUGGAGAACCAGUUUACACUCCUCAACACACUCUGGUUUACCAUCGGAUGUCUCAUGUGUCAAGGAUGUGACAUAACACCCAGAGCUAAUUCAACAAGAAUGAUUGCCGUGAUGUGGUGGUUCUUCACUUUGAUCAUGGUAUCUUCUUACACUGCCAACUUGGCGGCUUUCUUGACAGUAGAGAGACUUGCGUCACCAAUUGAGAGCGCUGAAGAUCUCGCUAAACAGACCACCAUACCGUACGGAUGUGUUGCAUCUGGGUCAACUCAGUCGUUCUUCAAGGAAUCUGAAUUCCCCACCUACAAGCGUAUGUGGUCAUUCAUGGAGUCCCAAAGACCUUCCGUCUUCACUGAUAAUAACCAGAAAGGAGUGGAAAGGGUGAAAAAAGGAAACUAUGCCUUCUUGAUGGAAUCCACAACGAUCGAAUUCAUUGUCGAACGAAACUGUGACUUGACUCAAGUAGGGGGUCUGCUCGAUUCCAAAGGAUACGGAAUUGCCACACCUCCCGGUUCCCCAUACCGGACCCACAUGUCCUCCGCCAUUUUGAAGCUACAAGAAGGAGGACAAUUACAUGUUCUGAAGGAACGUUGGUGGAAGAAAAGACGCCUCACUCAGAAGUGCGCGAAGGACGAUGCGACUGGAUCCAGUUCUGCUUCCGAGUUGGGCUUAGCCAACGUUGGCGGUGUGUUCCUGGUACUUAUCUGCGGCGUAUUCGUUGGAUGUAUAAUCGUCAUAUUUGAAUUUGUGUGGAAAUCAAGGAAAGUACCCAGUGAAGAAAGGGAAUCUCUUUGCACCGCCCUAUGUCGAGAGCUGAAGUUUGCCAUUUUCUGUGGUGGAUCUACAAAACCAAUUAAAGCUACAGAUGAAGGUGGUGAUGACUCAACACCCCACCAAGAAAACGGUUUGCCUUUCAUGCCUAUGCCAGGAUUUUCUUCAUCUAGCCCAUCCAAAGGAUUCCCUUCCUGACGUGAGGCCCCCCUGGUGAAAGAUCCCGAGGGUUCCACCUAUUACAGGUAUGGAAGGGGUACAGGCUCAGAUGUGUGAAAAUACGUUGAUGUAGAAGGUAAACGAAACAAGUUGUAAGCAGCAGAAACAAUAGUAAACCACUGUAUUUCGAUCCAUCGAAACAAUUUUGACUGCUGAUAAUGAUCAUGAAAUCUUUUCACGAACUGUGUAUUAAAACACUUUUGCUACAAAUGAAUUGAUGAUCAGCCGGCCAGAAAGAAUUAUAAGUGACCUGUGUUCAAAUUGUCAUCUAAAAACUGUUAUUAGAUGGCUAUGCGGUCAUCUCGCUUUUGAUUGUGUUAAAUUUAUGUGCAAUGGAUGUCCCAUCUCGUAUCUUAAGUAAACAUAAAUGAAAGGAUGUAUGCUUGAAAUAUGCGUUUCUUGUGACGCAGAUACAUUUUAUAUAAAGGAUGAAGUAUAUGCCCAAAACAAUCCUAAAACUGAACUUUAGACAUAAAAAGAGUGCUUAUACUGCUGUUAGUAUAAAUCAAAUCUCGAAUUUCAUAGAACAUUUUAUUAGAGCUAAAAUAAGAAAAUCCAUAAAAAAAAGAGAGAUUAAUCUUGCAAGGAUAACUACAAAAAGUUAUUUAUAAAACAAUUGAAAUUUUGUCAUUAGCCUCUGCUCCAUUAAUAAAUAAACUGAACUUUUCCACUGAAGGCAGAUUAAAAUUUCAAUGAUAAAAUUCACGGAACAUAUAGAGGCCAAACAUUUUAUAUCGCAAGAUGGAAAAUUAAUUUUAUACUUGCACGAGAUUUCAUGAAUUCAGUUUCCUCAUUAUUUAUUUUCAUGUUGUAAAAUAAAAUGAAUGAAAAAUCGUGCAAAAAUUUAAUAUGUCAAAUUAUAAUUAAUCAAUGUGCAUGGCAUGACUGUAAACUGAGAAAUAUUUCACAAACGCUUAACAGAAAUUGAAAAGCUUUCUCGAAAACUUCUUACUCUCUACAUUGUCAUCCAAAUAAUAGCUCUCAUUAAAAAUAGAAUAGCUAGAAAAAAAUUCGAACUAGUGUAUAUCAACUUCUACCAUCCCAUUAAUCAAUUCAUGAUGAACUGAUUCGAAAUUAUUAUACAAACAUGGCCAUGCACAAAUGAGUUCAAAUUACGAUUUGAACGAACGUUAAAAUUCAGCAGCUACGAAUGAUGCUAAAGGUAGCGAUAUUUUAUCUCAAAUCAGAUCUAGUAGACUAAUGUACAUCAAAAUAUAUAAAUUAUAUAUAUUAAUUCUACGUAUAAACAUAGCUAUUGAAAUUACUAGUAUUUUAAUUUGUCUAUGUUCACACCUUAUUCUUUCACAAAGAAGUCUUAGCAUCCUUUACACAGAUCAAGAAGCUAAUCCAAAAAAUAAAAAGGACUUGACGACUCUUCCGAAAUUCAGUUUCAAAGCUAAUCAUAUUAUCUUACGCAAGAGAUGUUUUAAAUGGCAUGGCAGCAAUACUAAGAUAGAAUGGUGGUUGAGUAACAUAAGCCUUGAGUAAACACUGUUAAUACCACUGCACCUUUUUAUAACAGGACUAGAGAAACCUCCACAUCAUGGUCCUUCAACCCGAAAUGGUCUUUCAUUACACACAAUCCAAACGUGAGUAAGUAGUCAGUAGUCUUCAAAUAAAGAAACCCGAAACUGAGUUGACAGUAUUGAGACACAAAAUUUUGUCGUGGAGUUAUCGGACUGCCUGUUUCAGAUUCUUAUGACAAGACAUGCAGAACUGAGAUGUAAAUGACACCAUGCCAGAGCAAAGAAAACAAAUUUCUGUAUAAAAAAAUGCCAAUGCAAAGCAAUCCCUUGUUGAAUGUUGCGAACAGUUUUCAGAACAGUCAUAAAAAGAGUGAAAAAGCAUUGCUGCUGAUAUUAAAUUCACACAGACAGUAAGUUUUUAGACUGUUUUACAGUAGAAGAAAAAGAAUGACUUCAAAUGUAUAAUUCGAAAUUAUUAACCUACAUAUUGUAAUAUUAGUGUUUUUAAAAAGUUCGCGGAAUUGGUCUGUAAAAUAUAGCAGUCGAAAUUCGAUGAAAGUUUAAAUCAACCUGGUCUCUUGAAAAGUUCCAUCCAUUACUCUGUAUAGUGCAUUUGCUUCAAUGAUCUUCACAAGGCCUGAAACUACUUUUAAAGGCAUUUAUAAUGGAUUGAAGAGAUACCUUCCUAUUUUAUGAAAUUCCAUCACACAUUCAAAAAAUCUGGUUAAAGACAUGUUUCUUCAACAGGAGAAACAAAAGCGACUCAUAACAGCCGUUCCCAAUCCUUUCCUCUUUCAAAACAGCCAAUCUUUUCUAAGUGCUCAUACGAUUUCUAGGGUACUAUUUCCCGAUUUAAACAAGAAGUUCACUGUCCGUUUGAACUGAGAGAACGUAUGAAGAAAAUUUAGAGAGUUGAAAGGGAUCGCAAGCAGCAACCACAUUAAAGCUGACUUUUGGUAGCUUUAUCCUUUUCACACUAUAAUAUGGAAAUUCCGCAAACUUUUCAAAAAUACUAGUGAAUAAAUGCAAGCAAAAUAUAUUGGUGAUGUGCAUAACAUUUUAUUGGGCAUAGAUAUGCAGGUGAAAUAUCAGAUAAAUUGUUUCGAAAGGAUUUAUUUCUUAAGUAUAUCUGACAGAUCAUUCAGAUUGUUUAGACAGAUCAUUCAGAUUUCAGCAGUUCUCGAAACCACCUAAAAAUUCAACUAAGAUACAUGGAGAUUGAUUCGAUUAUUUUUAUUAUCAUUUAAAAUAUUCCUCUGAUGAACAAAAUUGAUAAAAAAACAUGGUACAGGUCUUUUGAAAAUGACAUACAAACCAAAGUUUAAACAUAUCUAAAAUUUUAAAUAGCAUGGGAUUGCUUUACGUUACUUCAGAAUUGUCAUUGGAAAUUUCUAUCAAUAUAUUAAUCAUUUAAACAAAGAUUUAGAAUACACUGAUAGUAUUUUUUAAUAUUUUAUUCAUUUUAAUUUCAAACUACUUAUCUAUGCUUCAUCUGGAAUGAAUAAAGUAUUUUCUUCCAGAAAUUUGUGCAAAAAUAUGCAAGUGCAUUUUGCUGUUACAUUAACAUAUGCUAUUUGCUUCAAUUACUUCCAUAAUAAUUAAAAUUAUUCUAACUAAAUACUUCGUCCUAUAGAAGGCUUCAUUAUCAUAAAUUAAAUUAUAUAUAAAAAACUACACCAGAAAAAUAUCUAUCCACUGCUCAAAACAGCAAUGGUAAUAAAGCAAAAGAUUUUCUCUUUAAGUAAUUGCAACUGAAAGAUGCCAGCUUUUGAUUAAAAAACAUCAAAGAUAGUAAAAGUAAUUUUUCCUUUUUAUAAGGCUAUUUUACAGCAAGAUGCACUUCCAAAAUAUUAAAACUUAAUUUCAGAUUGAUUGUAGAUUUUAGAUUUUCCAAUACAAUGUCUAAUUUCUGUUUCUAUAUGCAAAUAUUUUAAUGAAGUAAGAAUGUAACUAAAUUAUACUUGGGAUAAAAUAGAUAUAGACAAUACAAAAAUAUAGUAUGAUCUAUUAUAUUAGUUCAAUAAUAUUCAUGCUAUUGUUAAAUAAUAAGUUAUAAAUCAUAUAUAUAUACAUGUACUGUUAUAAAUAAUGCCUUAAAAUAUUAUGCUUUCAAUUAAUAUUUGCUAAGUCCAGUUUGGCAGAAAAUUUUUAUCGCUAUAUUAAAGCAUAUUUUAUAUAUGUUUGAAAGGAACUGUCAUAAAAUAAUUAAGGCAGAUUACGCCUUUGAAUCUCUCUCUCUAUUUUGAAUUCCUGAUUUAGAUAUACAUAUGUUCAUCAGCUUCAGAGGCAGCUGAAUAUUUAUGCCACUGGCAAACCUAACAGCUUCAACAAGCAUUAAUGAAUUGCAUGCAAAAACAUUUUUUGCAUAAUGACAAAAAAUACAGAUAAAAUUGAAAUCUAUAACACUUCCAACUUUUCUAGCGAUAUAAAAGUUCUAAAUAUUGCACAGCAAAUUUUUUUAACUAAUAAUAUCAGUUAUUAAAAGAAGCAUUUAAAAUAUACAUAAGUCCUUGCAUAAGCCAUUAGUAAUCAUGCUGAUUUCUAUUAAAAUUUUGAAAAUAAAAUUCAAUUACAUGGUUCAUUAAUUUAAAUACAAGUCAUAUGAAAAUGAGAUUUAAAGCCUAGCAGUGUAAAUACAGAUAUAAAAGCUUUCCUUUAUGUUAUUCAAUCCAAAUGUUUUCAAUCUAAGCUAAAAGCCACAAGCAAUAAACUCAUUGCAUAAAUAAAUUAAUCCAUUUAUAAUACUUUUAAAUCACACGCUGUUUGUUGCAUGGGCUAUAGUGGCAGAAAUAUCAGCAUGGAUAUUACAGAAUAUCGAUUCAAUCAUAAUUAAUCUGAGAUUUCAAAGUUUGCUUCUCUUCAUUAUUAAAUAUAAGGAUAUAAAAUAGAAAGUUUAUCAUGCAUAUUUCUUCCUGUAAUAUUUUAAGUAGUUUUUUAUUAAAAAUGCAUCAAAGUAACCCAUUAACUGAAAACAAAAUCAGCAAACUGCAAUCAUUACUGAAUUUUGCAUUAAAAAUAUUUAGGUGAAAUUUCUCAUCAACCUACUAAAGUAGUCCUUACAGCAAAAUAUCCCUAAAGAGCUAACAAAAUUAUGCAACAUAUUAGAACUGAAAAAGUAAAUAUUUAAUAAUAUGACUUACAGUUUCUGAAAACGCCGAGAUGUUGCAAUUCUGAAAACUAUGGUUUCUUCAAAUAAACUAGAUACUGCAAUUUGCUUAUUAAAAAUUAAGAUGUAGACAAUAACAUCCCAAAGUUUUUGCCGACAUAAAGAUAGAAUUAAGCAGUCUAUAGAAAAGGGGGUAAUAUUAAGUUGAUUAAGCAGUUGAUGGGUUAAUGUACAUCAGAUAAAUGGUGCAUUUCUCUUCAGAAAUUAAAUUCUAGUAUACUUCAAAUAUUUCCUCAUUGUUCUACAAAUGCUUCUUUUACAGAUGUAGUAAUAUAUUUUCAGAAAUGUCUUAUUGAAAAUUAUUUAAUCAAUAAGGAAAUUAAUAUUAGUUAAUAAAUUUUCUAUAGUAACUAUGAAAUAUCUCAUAUAUCUAAGUACAGCUAGAAGUGUAGAAUAGUUACUUUCCCCAUAUUCCAGAAAUUAACAGAAUUAGCUAAAUCUCAGUGUAACAAAGCAUUUGUGAAAGAGAUUUCAAUAAAUUUUACUUUAAGAUUUCCCUUUAAAAAAAAAAAAAAAAAAAAAAAAAAAAAAAACACUAAAACACACAGAAACCAGAAUCAAGUCAUUUAUAAAUUAUAAAGAUAUCAGUAUACUAAACAUACUCUACUUAGUGGAAGAGAAAAAUCUGGAAAUUAAAAAA